AUGGCAGCGGACGACGCGACGUCGUCGUCUCCGCCGAAGCCCUCCCUCGAGAACGGCGGCGUCGGCGCCUCCGCCGCCUCCGCCGCCUCCGCCGCCUCCGCCGCCUCCGCCGCCUCCGCCGCCUCCGCCGCCUCCGCCGCCUCCGCCGCCUCCGCCGCCGCCUCCGCCGCCUCCGCCGCCUCCGCCGCCUCCUCCGCCGUCUGCAACUUCUUCGACCGCGUGGUCAUCAACGUGGCGGGCCUCCGCUUCGAGACUCAGCGCGCCACCCUCUCUCGCUUCCCUCGCACCCUCCUGGGCGACUCGCGCAAGCGCCGGCGCUUCUUCGACGCCCGCCGCAACGAGUACUUCUUCGACCGCAGCCGCUGCAGCUUCGACUCGAUCCUCUACUACUACCAGUCGGGCGGGCGCCUCCGUCGGCCCGACUCCGUGUCGGUGGACGUCUUCGCCGAGGAGAUCCGCUUCUACCAGCUGGGCGAGGCGGCGAUGGCGCGCUUCCGCGGGGACGAGGGGCUGGCGCGCGAGCCCGAGCGGCCGCUGCCGGCGGGCCGCCUGCAGCGGCAGGCGUGGCUCCUCUUCGAGCACCCCGAGAGCUCGCCGGCCGCCAAGGGCGUCGCGCUCGUGUCGGUGGCCGUGGUCGUCGCCUCCAUCGUCGUCUUCUGCGUCGAGACGCUGCCGCGCUUCCGCGAGGCGGCCGGUGGUCCCAGAGGCCCCGGCGGCCCCGGCGGCGGCCCCGGCAGUGGCCCCGGCGUCGGCCCCGGUCCCGGCGGCCCCGUCGGUGGCCCCUCGGUGUCGCCCCCUUCGGCCCGUGCCACUUUCGCGGACCCAUUCUUCGUCGUCGAAGCCGUCUGCAUCGUGUGGUUCACCCUGGAGUUGCUCGCGAGGUUCCUGUCGUCGCCGCGCAAGGCGACCUUCUUCCGGGGCCUGCUGAACGUCAUCGACGUCGUGGCCGUGGCGCCGUUCUUCGUCGCCCUCGCCACCGAGCUCCUGGAGCUGCGGGGCGGCGCCACGCAGCACGCCACGACCCUCGCCGUCUUCCGCGUGGUUCGCCUCGUGCGCGUCUUCCGCAUCUUCAAGCUGUCGCGCCACUCCAAGGGGCUCCAGAUCCUCGGGCAGACGCUCAGGGCCAGCCUCAAGGAGCUCGCGCUGCUGAUCUUCUUCCUGCUCAUCGGCGUCGUCAUCUUCUCGAGCGCCGUGUACUUCGCCGAGGCGGACGUGCCCGGCACGGCCUUCCGCAGCAUCCCCGACGCGUUCUGGUGGGCCGUCGUCACCAUGACGACGGUGGGCUACGGCGACAUGUACCCCAUCACGGUGGGUGGCAAGCUGGUGGGCUCGCUGUGCGCCCUCGCCGGAGUGCUCACCAUCUCGCUGCCCGUGCCGGUCAUCGUCAGCAACUUCAGCUACUUCUACCACCUGGGCAAGGCGCGCGAGGAGGACACCACGCUCUACUACACCGUGCCCGCAGCCGGUGGCUUCGGGCAAGGCGGCGGCCAAGGCCAAGGCCAAGGGCAAGGCCAAGGCCAAGGCCAGGGCCAGGGCUGCGGGCAGGGCUUGCCGACGGACUCCAAGAAGAAGGCGUCCAGGAGCCUUGCCGACCUGCGGGACAUCGGCGACGCGUUCCUGGAUGGGGAGGAGGCGGCGGUGCUGCCGGCGGUGAUGCCGGCGGUGAUGCCGGCGGCGGCGGCCGACAAGUCGAGGGCGUGGCCGUCGGCGGGCGCCACCACCGACGCCGUCGCCGGCGGUGGCGCCGUGGACUUCUGCCACACGGAUGUGUGAGGCCCGGCGGUGGCCGCAGAGCGGCCCCCUUGCCACCGCGCCCCCCUUGCCACCGCGCCCCCUUGCCACCGCGCCCCCUUGCCACCGCGCCCCCCUU